UCACGUUUAUUGUCAAUGCAAUACCUCCGCACGUCAAAGUUACUAGUACUCGGCAACUGUUCCUAUCUUGCCCGAUAUUGCUACUCAACAAAGAUGGCUUUUACCUUACAGAGAGUUUUAAUCAGUGACAGUGUGUCACCAAAAUGUACGGAAAUCCUGAGGGAAAACGGAAUCCAGGUAGACAACAAGACGAAAUUGAGCAAAGAGGAGUUAUUGGCGGAAAUCCCGAAUUAUGACGGCCUCAUUGUUCGAUCGGCGACCAAGGUUACGGCUGAUGUUAUUCAAGCUGGCACCAACUUGAAGAUCAUUGGGAGGGCUGGUACAGGUGUUGAUAACAUUGAUAUCAAGGCUGCAACACAUCAUGGUGUAGUUGUUAUGAAUACACCCGGUGGGAACACCCUCAGUGCUGCUGAACACACUUGUGCCAUGGUAUGCUGCUUAUCAAGGAGUUUACCUCAAGCCCAUGCCACGCUCAAAGCCGGCAAAUGGGACAGGAAGGCGUUCAUGGGAUCAGAGCUGUAUGGCAAGACCCUCGGCAUCGUGGGAUUGGGAAGGAUUGGACGAGAAGUGGCUCAGGGUAUGCAGUCUUUUGGGAUGACGACAAUUGGUUUUGACCCCAUUGUUCCAGCUGAGGAGGCUGCCCAGUAUAAGAUUGAAUGGAUGUCAUUAGAAGACAUGUGGCCUAGGUGUGAUUACAUAACAGUGCACACACCUCUCAUACCACAGACCAAAGGCCUACUUGGUGAUGCAUCGUUCAAGCUUUGUAAGAAGGGUGUGAAGGUUAUCAACGUUGCUCGUGGUGGUAUCAUCGACGAGGAAGGCCUAUUAAGAGCACUUGAUGCAGGCCAGUGUGGUGGCGCUGCACUCGACGUUUUUGUAGAGGAACCUCCCACAAACACUGCCCUGGUACAGCACCCCAAGGUGAUAGUCACCCCUCAUCUCGGGGCUAGCACAGUGGAAGCACAGGAGAGGGUAGCUUGCGAGAUCGCUGAACAGUUUGUUGAUGGUGUCAACGGAAAGUCACUGUUUGGAGCGAUCAAUGCUCGUGCUCUGUCCAAUGCCCUAUCGCCCGAGACGAAACCAAUGGUAUCGUUAGGUCAAGGGUUAGCCGUUGUAGCUUCAUCACUCGCCAAAGGACAGCUAAAUGCCGCCACCUUCCAAGUGACUACAUAUGGUCCAUCAUUGGCGAAAGCUGGUUCAUAUUUGAAGGCUGCCGUCUCUGCUGGGAUACUCCGAGUGCAGACCGGUGGUAACAAUGUCAAUCUAGUCAAUGCAGAGCCUCUCCUUGCUGAAGUAGGAAUAGAGAUCACAGUGAACCACGAGGAUGCAGCCCCAGCCAAUAGCAAGGCUUCCGUUGCCGUCACCAUCACCGUGGGCGGGAACCCCCACAGACUGGGCGGGGCCGUGUUUGGUACCAGCCCGCAGCUGGUUGAGAUCGACAGUGCAACCUUUGACACCGGUUGCCCCCUGUCUGGUAACUGGUUGCUUUACAGGUCGCAGAAUGCUGCUGCUUCGCUAGCCGCCAUUGCAGGUGCCCUUGGAGACAAGAACCAGCUUCUUUCCUUCUCGUCCAGUGCCCCGACCAACGGCGAAUCUUGGAGUGUCCUCAAGCUGGCCUCACCACAGCCAGGAGUUGAAGCUCUAAAUGGGGCCGUGUCCAGUGCCGUCUCUUUUACCAUCUAGAACAAAGAAAUUUCCCACAAUACCUCACAAUUCUGCUGCAUCCCACCAUCCGUAUCCAAGUCAUAUCAGACAAUGACUUUCAAUUUGGCAACCACAUAGAACAUCAAAUUGGCAACGCACAACACAAAGGAAGUGAUUCCUAGUUGUUGUUUUAUUCUGAUAUCAUAGAGUUGUUCGUUUCUGCCCUUUCCCCCUUCUUACCAAAUCGUCCAAAUAUAACAUUCACCACUAUGAGAAGUUUAAAGUAUUUUAGGAAAAAAUACCCUUAUGUAGAAUUUGUGGUUAAUGCCUGCUCCAGUAAGAGUUAGGUUAUCAUCAGCUAUAUAGUCUUAAUUUAUUCCUCUGCUGAAGGCUUUAUUUGGUGCUUUAUGUAGUUAACAUGGACAUAUUUGAAAUAUUUCCUCUUUUUUGUAAUCUGGGUGUAGACGAGGCAUCAUGGUCAAGUGGUUGCGACUCUCGUCUUCCAAUCAGAGGGACAUGGGUCCUUUAAAACAAGAUUUGAAGGUGAUGUGUCAUGCUGCAAAAGAAACAAAAAUGACAUCUGGAUCAGUGUGAUUAUACUCUACCCGAUUGUCAAUAUUCUUUCCUUAAAGCGGGAUUUCAGGUAUGAAAACUUCAAAUCAGCAGAAACAGAAAAUUUAGAAGCCAAUAACUGUACGUGAUUGUCACUGUUUGUUUGGGUGUCAGGACAUGUUGCCAAUUUGAUGGAUUUAAUACUCUUCUUCUGGUUCAUUAUUCAUUCCAUUCAGCAUAGUGAUUAGACUGAAAUAGUGAUUUGACAAAGAACAAACAAAUUACUCUCUUUUUAUUUUUAAUUUGGAAAAGAAAUUUGAGGGUCGAUUACUGUCGGGACACUUUACAAAUUUUACAUGCAUAAUUAUCAUGUAUAAAUAUGUAAAUUUCAUUAUGUACAAUGUUGGGAAUUUGUAAAAAGUGAUUUCAACUGACUUCAUUUUGUAAUUUUAUAAUCAGCAGUAUUCAGGAAUGUCAUGAAAUUGGCAGAUGAUCAUGUUUAUUUACUUGUGCCACUUAAAAUGUGAUCACUCUUAUCAUGUGUGCAUACUUAUACUUAUAAUCAUGAAUGAUAGCUUUAAUACCAAACAAAUUGAUUUGUGCAAAUAGUUUUAUUCCGCAUUAUUGACUAGCCUCUUAUCAUUUUGGAAAAUAUUUGUUGUCUUGCGUUUUAUCCAAGGUGAGAUUUGUAUCUAAGACUUUUGUUUUGUUUUGAUAUUGAAACUGAGGGGGAUAGGUAAGUCUUUGAAGAUCAAGAUCUGAGUUAUUCCAGUAGUCAAGGCAAUUAUGAUUUUAAGCCACUAAUUGAUUCCAUCCAAUCGAAGCCAGUAAUUAUUUUUAUUUUCACCAAUCAUGCGUUAAUAGAAGCCUGAUAUGUGAAUAUAAUUUUGAAUUCGUUCAACUUCUCGACCAUUGUUAGGACAGUGUUUUUUUAAACACAUUGUGAACUUUUUAUAUCAUAUAAUAUACUACACACUCCAGAGAGAUGUGCCAUUUCUCUAUCAUUAGGCAAUAUCAGUCCUUUUCUAGUCUACAACUGUAGACCCACACCUGCCAUGUGUGUAUCACAGCUGAUUCAAGGAGUCUGCUUAGCAGACUAGGUCUACUGGAAAUGGCUCACUUUGCUCGCCCUUUCAGGCUCGUUUGCUAAACCAGCUGCAGAUCCCACUUCACGAGCCAUUCAGAGUCUGCAUAGCAGACUAUUCCGUUCCUUCAUUUGAAAACAUUAUGAGGUGUUAUUUGUUCACUGAAGUCAUCCAACUCCAUGAUCAUUCUCAUUACCAUCUCCAGCAUUAGCAGAUCAAUGAAUUCCACAAUGAAGGAGAUUACUUCUAGAAGUGGUUCACUCUAUAACAAUUUUCCACUCUCUGCCAUUUUUUAUGCACCACCCCUUGUCUGCCAAAAAGUUGUAUAUGAUGCAACAAUUUUACAGACACGUUCCUGUUGAUGGUAUGUAUUAACAGGGGUGUGUGUUAACAGGUGUUUUACAUCAUUGUGUCAUUCCUCCAUUUUGUGGACAGAAAACCACAAUAAUAUUUUGGUAGUGCAUUUGUAUCAGAGUACUUCAAGCUAAUCACGAGGACAAGACUUUCAUGUAAUUUCUACUUCGUCAGUUUUCUCGAUUGACAAAGCAAUUUAAAUUAUGCAGAAAGGAUUGCAUUCACGUAGAUUGCGACGAGUUUUAAACGACUAUCUGAACUUGCUUCUAUGUGAGAAGUCAAGCUUUCUUGGUUACUUUUAAAGUUCAUGAUAAUACAUUUGUGCAUAUUAUUAUGAUAUUGCAAUGUAGCUGUAUCAUAAUGCCAAUGCAUACAUAAGUGGUCUGUACGAUAAAACUUUACCAAAUGCUUGUUAAA